AUGCGUCAUGUUAAAUUAAGUGAGACACAAGUCAGAACACUGUUCCACUGCAUCGAUAAGAAUGGGGAUGGAAGUAUCACGGAGAAAGAACUACGAGCCUAUUUUCGAAAACAUUUCCCGGAUAUGCAAAAAGGAGAGUUGAAAGAAUACGUUGAUCAAUUGGACGCUGAUGGGAACGGAAAAAUCACUUUGGAAGAAUUGAAACGAGUUCUCACGAAGCGGGGUUUAUGA